AUGUCUACCUAUUACAAGGAUAGGACAAUCUCACUUAAUCCGAAUGCUGCCAAGCAGUACUUCUUUAUCAAAAGGGCUUCUACUAAGGACUCUGAUAGAGAACCAAAGGAGUCCAACCUUUUUUUCUUCAACACUCAUCUCUCCAAGGAGCAUGCUUGCUUGAAGGUCCUUGAUGGUAAAGUUUACGUCCGUGAUUGCCACUCUACCUUUGGAACUGUUGUCAAUGGGGAGGUUAUUGUACCUUCCUACUGGUUCCCAUUAGAAGAUGGCGAUGUGAUUAGGCUUAUUAUUUUGAAGCCUUCAGGUUACAUCCAAGAUGUCUUGGAAGAAUUUCCAAAUUCGAGAACUAUCCCAUUGAAUCGUUUUGGAUUCCCUCAGACUGGCUUGGCCUUCAAGGUUUCCAUUCCUGAAUCAAAUGACUCUAUAAAGUUUAUUGAUGUAGACGAUACCCAGUUGAUUGCAGAUCAUCCUACUUAUUACCCAUCUAGAGACGAUGAAUAUGUUCAUUUCUAUGAUGAAUACGAGGAGUAUGAUGAGGAUGAUCUUGACACUGAGCUUAAUGAGGAUGAGGAAUGCUACAGCGAUGAAACUUCUACUAAGAUUCACGUUGACAAUGACGAAACUGAAGAAGACGACGAAGAGGAGGACUAUGAUGAAGACGACGAUGAAGAAGAGAUCGAAGAUGAUGAUGAAGAAGAAGAUGAAGAAGAGGAAGUCAAUGAAGAUGAUGAUGACGAAUGUGAAGAUGGCGUUACAGGAUAUGUUAAUGGAAACUGCUGCUGCGAGAUGUAUGCAUUUAGAGAUUACGAUGUACCAGCGGAGAAGGAUGGUGAGCUCGAAGAUGAAGAUGAUGAUGAAGAUGAUGAUGCUGAUUACAGUAUUGUCCAUGAAUUCGCAGAGGAAGAUAUUCACUCUGCCUCUGAAUUAGACUCUGCGUCUGCUUCUGAAUCUGAAGCAUCUGAAGUGUCCGAUUCCACUUUUGACUCUGAAGAGGAUGGCGUUGAGAUAUUCUACAUCAGCAACAGAAAAAGACUGUUUGAUGAAAUCGAGGAUGAUGAAGAUGCUUCCUGUAUUUGUGAACUCGAAGGCUUAUCUGAUUCAGAACUUUCUAAUAAUACCCCUCCUGCAAAGAAGUUGAAACCAAAUACAAAAUCUACUUUGAAAACAAUUGCAAAGGAAUUGUUGAAGGGCUCCUUAUAUGUUAUUGGAACAGUUUUUGCGUUGGGAAUUUAUGGCCAAUCCAUUUCUGAAGAAUAA